GCUUAACUCCGGCUUAUUUUAAGAUCGGUUGGGGUCAUUUCUUAGCAGACACAAUGGCAACAGGCUCCAGUUUCCCUUCCGGAGGGAGUGGAACUAGAAACGGACCGUCUUUCGCUUCACCGUCGACUUCGUCUGUCACCUCGUCUGGGGUGCCCGGACAAGCUCAGCCGAUGGCGGUGGUUUGGGAAUGGCAGGAUGAUCUGGGCUUCUGGAGGCCCUACACCGGACAGGUGAGCAGCUACAUCGAGCAGUGCCUCCAGCACCAGAGAGGGGCAGCGGUCGCCGGGAGCAGCAUCUGUCUGGCUCAGGCAGACCCCAGCCUGUCCUCCUACAUCAUCGACAUCCCCAACCUCAAACAGUUCAGACAGGACACUGGAAAGAUGCGUGCUGUGCGGAGAUCCCUGUUCCCACAGUCCUCUGCUCUGGGCAGUGGUGUUCUUUGGGAGUGGUCUAAUGAUGAAGGCGGAUGGACGGCGUAUGAGAUACGAACCUCCAUCUUGCUGGAGCACAGUUACCAGGCGGGACAGGCCACCGCUGACUUGAGCCCACAUGGCUACAACUACAUUGUGGACCUCGGAGCUCUCGAACAAGUCAACAAGGCCACCAGCUAUAGAAGACGUGUCAGACGGCAAGGCAAUGUACCUUAUCCCCUCGCCUCUGGGUCGGUUAUUCAUUCGGGCCCGGCUUGUACCUGUCAUCAAUGCGUGACCAAUAGCAGUACCGCUGGACCCAUGUUGAGCCGGUCACGGCAUUCCUUCUCUGCGGGACAAGCCAUUCGGCCUAGUCUUCAGACCCAGCAUGGAAGACUUCCUGUAACCAGCUCUUCAUCAUCAGCCUACUCUCCCUACCCCAGAAGACCGCUCUCAAUGGGAAGCCUCUUAUGGAAUGGCCCAUGGAGCACCCCACCUUCAGUGCCUCAUCCUACAGGACCGCCACAGAAUUUUAGUCAUCAUUCAAAUGGCUUAAGCAUCCCCACCAUCCCUCUCCACAUGAACGGAUCCAGUAGUGUGAACUCGGCACUGGCAGCCCCCGCUCAGAAACCAGAGGAAGUCAUUAAGAAAUACAUGGAGGAAGUGCCUGUGGUCCCAGAUGAGGACUGUAUUAUCUGUAUGGAGCGGCUGUCCUGUCCAUCUGGUUAUGAGGUCCCAGCUGAGUGCUCUCAGUCUCUUCAGCCCAGCACUGUGGGCAAGCUCACCAAAUGUGCUCACACCUUCCACAUGCUCUGUAUGCUGGCCAUGUACAACAAUGGAACCAAGGAUGGGAGUUUGCAGUGUCCCUCAUGUAAGACAAUCUACGGUGAGAAGACAGGCACUCAACCAAAGGGCAAGAUGGAGAUCUACAGUAUUCCUCAGUCUUUGCCUGGACACCCAGACUGCGGCACGAUACAAAUCAUUUACAACAUCCCGCCAGGAAUACAGGGUCCUGAACACCCAAACCCGGGACAGCCGUACACAUGCAGAGGAUUCCCUCGCUUCUGUUUCCUUCCCGACAAUGACAAAGGCAGAAAGGUGCUGGAGCUGCUGAAAGUAGCAUGGACGCGCCGUCUCAUCUUCACCGUGGGCACUUCCAGCACCACAGGCGAGCCCGACACCGUCAUAUGGAACGAGAUCCACCACAAGACUGAGAUGAUGUCCAAUGUGUCUGGCCACGGGUAUCCCGACCCAAACUACCUGGACAAUGUGCUCUCAGAACUGGCAUCGCAGGGCGUAACCGAAGACUGCCUCAAACGAGACGCUCAAGGUUCUGCCAUGUGAAUAACCGGCUACGGUAGAUCUAACUUGACGAAAAGGGAAGAAAACAAAACUAGAGUGUCCGCUGUUCACCAAGAGAUUUGGAUGUUGAUGCCAACGCAUCCAUUUCCACGCGUACGGCCGAGUCUAGAAUAUUAACGCACAUGUGGGCUUCGUGGUCAUCUUUAGUUUCAGCGUAUUGUGAGGCAGCUACUGACGGUUCUGCAGGAACGACUCGGGGUUUAAUGACCUCUAUCGCCAGUUUAGGCAUUCAUCUCAAUAUACAGAGCUGUGACGUCCUUCCUCAAAUACUACAUUACAGUAGAGCAGAGAUCAUUGUACUGUUGCUGGGAAUCAAGCUGACACUAUUUUGUUAAAGGGAAAGCUCAACCGCAUAUGACAUUAGCUUUUUUAAAAGCUGUUGGCCAUCCAAGAUUUUUUUGGGGUUUAAUAGAACAUUUAAUGACUAUUUUUUAGCUAAAAUUUCAAUGCAUGUACAGGCAAAACAAAAGGACGCUUGCUCUUGUUGCUACAUUGAGGUCUUAUGAAAAGAAAUUAUGAAAUUGAAUAUUAAUUACUACAUUAUUACCUAUUAUCCAGAGCCGAAUGGUUCCCAAAGAUCAAGAGAACAAUGGAUUAUGAAAUUUGGUUAAGCAAAAUGUAAAAAUUUUUAAAGAAUACUUUUAAUGAAGGCUCGUUUUACAGGUUAGUUUAUAGGCUUUUAAUAGACUUAUUUUACAAAUUUUAAUAGGCUCAUUUUACAAAUUUUUAAUUGCCUUACUUUACAAAUCACCUAUUGGUAAACUUUUCAGUUUUUGAAUCCAAUUGAACUAAUCCGAUUCAGUUAAUUAUGCUAAGCUAAGCUAAAUGUGCUCUCGCCAGACCCCGGCAAUCGACUGGAUGGAUUAAAAUAUGGUAAAACUCUAUGGUACUUUUAAAAGUAAAAGGGGAGUGUUUCUUUAAUGUUUAAUAGAAGUCAUUAUGCAACAGGGCGUUUAGACUCUAGUAAUAUUAUGCUAUAAAUAAUGUUCAGUUUCUUUCACAGGCCAGUCAGUUUGCUUUACAAGACCUCUUGUAUCUCCAGGAGCCAUAUGUAUUCAUUUUGUUUUGUCUGUAAGUUUACUUUUAUUUUAUUUUACACUCCCAAAGUGCUGAUAUUUUUUGACAUGCAUCAUAUGACUCAUCAAGGACCACUGGAAAAAACAUCAUAGAUGAUAAGAGGGUGAGUAAAUUAACAGUACAUUUUAAUUUUGGAUGAACUAUCCCUUUUAAAAGCAGUAAUAUACAAAAACAUAAAAUUGCACAUCAGUGCAAAUCAUAAAUCUUUACUAGUGUUGUAAAACGUACCGCUUCAGAAAUAAAAGGCACUUUUACAGAAUCUGCAGCUAAUUUAGUUCAUAUUUAAAUUUUUUUUUUUUUCAGAUGUCAGAUUUGGUGAUUUCUCACUUGCUGCUAUUCUUUUAAUUAAUAAACAUAAGGGACUUGUUUGUUUUCAUUGAUUCCACAAAAUAUUGCAACUUUGAAUUUACGUUUAUUUUAUCGACUUAAAAAUCCAAGCUUGGCAAUACUGCUAGUGCUGGUUUUAUUCAUAAGUACAUCAAGUAAAUCAGUGCUGAUUUUAUUACGAACGGGACCUUGAAAGUACACGUAAAAAAUGCAGUCUCGCAGCGUUAUUAUUGAGUUGCAGUAUUACAUUGUGCCACAGAGACAAUCAGCAGUGUUUGAUAAAAUUACAGUUCAUUACCACACAGCGAGUGUGGAAACAUCCAUUCAUUCCUUCAUCUCAUAUUCCAUGGUAUGGGAUCUUUGGUUUUACAAUGUAUGCAACUGUAUAUAUAAAUAUAUAUUCAACUUCUAAUCAGCAAUAAACACUACUCCAUUUAA